GUGGUAUGCGCGGUGGAUUACAAAACGGAGGUCCUGGGUUCGAUCCCCGGCUGGGCAGAUGGAGAUUUUCUUAAUUUGUCCAGGUCUGGCUGGUGGGAGGCUACGGCCGUGGCUAGUUACCACCCUACCGGCAAAGACGUACCGCCAAGCGAUUUAGCGUUCCGGUACGAUGCCGUGUAGAAACCGAAAGGGUUGUGGAUUUUCAUCCUCCUUCUAACAAGUUAGCCCGCUUCCAUCUUAAACUGCAUCAUCACUUACCAUCAGGUGAGAUUGUAGUCAAGGGCUAACUUGUAAAGAAUAAAAAAAAAAAAAGUUCCAAAAUUAAAUUUAUUUUCAAUAAAUGUUUUUUUUUUUUUUUAAAUCAAAUUGAAUAUUUGAAACAACAAACUUAAAUGUUAUUUCAUCACCUAAUGCCUGUGUGUAUGUGUGACGUAAUCUAUGGAUGACCCCAUAACCUAAGUUGCCGGUAAGGAUAGAAUCCUCCCCUGAACUACCAUGAUGACCAUGAUGAUGCUGACAACAGCCACCAUAAUUUAGUAAAUUUAAAAAAUAAUCAUCACAUUUCAAUAAGAAUUAUAUCAUAAAAAUCCGAAUUGAUCGAUUAGUGAGACUUACGAUAAAGUACAGUAUUAUCGUAUUGUAAGUAUUUAGUAAUCAGUCGCUAGUGAGUUACCUACGAUGCAGCUGAUUUACGGGUUGGGACUACUCCUGCUCAUCUGCCUUGUUCAGGUAUUAACUUGAUACAAAAACAAUUAAUACUUGUUUUUUUAUUUACCUAGCUAGCAGACGCCCGCGAAUCGUCUGCCCUUUGCCUAUGUCUGUCUUUAUUACAGCAAAAUUCGUUCUCAGAAAUUUAAUCUUUGAACGUCCAGCGGUUUUUGAGAUUCCGAAAUACGAAAGGUCACUCAAGGUAGUUUAUAGUUAGGAGACGUCCCCUAUAGGAACGGAUUUUGCUAGAGGGCUGGGUUAGGAAGGUCUAAGGGCGGACGAAGUCGCUGGCGUCCGCUAUUAGGAACUCUAUAGUAGGGUUUCUAUACUGUACAAAUAUAUGUUUGGCCAAAAAGACCCUAGGUAAGCCAAAACUCGGUAGACGAAGCUAGGUAACGGGUAACAUACAAGAAAAUUAAGAAAUAAUCUUCUAGAACAAAUUACAAGAACAAAAAAGGUAGCAGUAUCAUUGACGAUGAGUAGGUACGCAAAUAAGAAAAGGAGAACAUUACUUCUUGAUUAGUUAAUUUUUUUAGUUUAUUUACUUAGGCAUUAGGCCCCUAUUUAAGCUAAAUUACACUUAAACAUUAUUUACAUAGACUAAUAUCUAUCUCUAUAACUAUGUUUAUUUAUGUCUAAAUCUAUGUGUAUGACAAAUCCGUUGAUAACUUAGUAAAUGAUGUAGGUCUUAUCUAUGAAAUUGAUUUUUUUAUCGUUGUUUUUUAAAUAAUUUAAUUUUGGUUCAAAUGUUAGCAUGAUAAUUAUUACAAUUUCAGGCCUAUGAUUAUCCCGAUGUGAUAGAGGAUAACCCUGUAUACAUUGAAGACAUCAAUCCAACCAAUGGCGAACGCGUCACGGGAGGUUGGGAGGCCAAGGAAGCCGAGAUUCCCUAUCAGAUAAGCCUGCGCAUGGUAGCCGCUACUGGACAGGUGUUCUCCUGCGGCGGCUCCAUCAUUCAUCCUGAAUGGAUCAUCACAGCUGCUCACUGCUUGGCCAAUCGCAUAACAUAUGUCGUUCGGCUAGGAGCUCAGAAUCUCACGCAGCCAACCAUCAUAAUUGAGGAGAACAUCUCCAACCGCGUCAUGCAUCCGAGAUACAGCGAGACAUUGGGGACUGUGCAAGCUGAUGACAUUGCAUUGCUCAAGUUAAGCCAGAGCAUUACUUGGGAAUGUACGAUCCAACCGAUUCGCCUGCAGAGUUCUAAGCAAAAGGAUACCGACUACACGAAUGAGUUCCUAACCGUGAGCGGAUAUGGACUUACUGCUGAUCGAGCACAAGGUGGAACCUCCUCUGAAGUCCUCAUGUUGACGAACCUCCGUGGCAUCAGUAACCAGGAGUGCCGAAGAUGGUUCCUCUCUAUACACCCGCAGACUGUGUGCGCGCAGUACUACAACAACACCAUACAAUCAGCAUGCUCAGGUGACAGCGGUGGUCCACUGACCCUGGUGGACAAGGAUGGUGAGGUCACCAUGCUUGGGAUUGUCAGCUUCGGUUCCGGUCGUGGCUGCACUCAUGGAAUUCCGUCAGCAUACGUCCGUCCAGGCUACUACCACUCUUGGAUAACUGAGAGCACCGGCAUCGACUUUGACUGGGACAGCUCCGCGCCUGAGCCGGACACCUAUGAGCUGGACACGCCAGAACAAGGAUAUGAAGUUCACGUUGUAGACCAAUAGUCAUGAAACGACAGUUCAUACAAAAGCUAUCGACAUAUACCUAAUAGGUCUCGCGCUGCCGACAAUUAAUGAUCUAAGUUUUAAGCAUAUUUUGUUU